CCAGCCGCCAAGCACACCAGCCCUGCGCCCUCUGCUGCACACAGCACAAUCGGAAAAGCAAUUAGCAAAGGACUCCAGAACGAACAGCAAAAAAAAUACUUAGAUACAUCAGAAGCAGGAAGCCUGCCAGACAAUCAACUGGAUGAUGGAAGUGCUAAAGGAGCACGCAAGGAAGACAAGGGUGUUGCAGAGAAGCGAAAUGAAUUCAUUGCGUCUGUCUUCAUCGCAGAGGAUGUUCUUGUCAAAGUAUUGGAUAACAACGAUAAUGGCCCAGAAUUCUCUCACCCAAGUUACGAUGUCACGAUUUCGGAGGACAUCCUCCCUGAUACUGAGAUACUGCAGGUCGAAGCUAUAGACAGAGAUGAGAAACACAAGUUGAGCUACACUGUUCACAGCAGCAUUGACUCAGUCAGCAUGAGAAAAUUCAGAAUUGAUCCCAGCACAGGGGUACUAUACACUGCUGAGAGAUUAGACCAUGAAGCUCAAGAUAAGCACAUCCUUAAUGUAAUGGUUCGAGAUCAGGAGUUUCCCUAUAGAAGAAACCUGGCCAGAGUCAUCAUAAAUGUGGAAGAUUCCAAUGAUCACAGUCCCUACUUCACCAAUCCUUUGUAUGAAGCCUCGGUGUAUGAGUCAGCAGCUAUUGGAUCUGCUGUUUUGCAGGUCACUGCUUUGGAUAAAGACAAAGGAGAAAACGCAGAGCUUAUCUACACUAUAGAAGCAGGAAACACUGGGAACACAUUCAAGAUCGAACCAGUUUUAGGCAUCAUCACAGUAUUGAAGGAACCGGACUUGACAACAAUGGGACAGUUUGUUUUGUCAGUCAAAGUAACUGAUCAAGGUUCACCAUCACUGUCUGCAACAGCAAUUGUACGCAUUUCUGUGACCAUGUCAGAUAAUUCUCAUCCAAAGUUCACACACAAGGAAUACCAAGCAGAAGUUAAUGAAAAUGUUAAUAUUGGAACUUCAGUCAUUUUGAUUUCUGCAAUCAGUCAGUCUACAUUAGUUUAUGAGGUCAAGGAUGGGAAUGUGGAUGGAGCCUUUACUAUAAACCCGUAUUCUGGAGUCAUCACGAGUCAAAAGCCACUUGAUUAUGAACGUGCUUCCUCUUACCAGCUCAUUGUUCAAGCAACUAACAUGGCAGGCAUGGCAUCAAAUGCCACCAUCAGCAUUCAGAUUGUUGAUGAAAAUGAUAACCUGCCAGUUUUUCUCCUCUCCCAAUACUCGGGCAGCAUAAGUGAAGCUGCUCCUGUAAACAGUAUAGUCCGGAGCUCAGCCAACAACCCACUGGUGAUACGAGCCACGGAUGCCGACAGUAAUCAGAACGCUUUGCUGGUCUAUCAGAUUGUUGAAUCCACUGCUAAGAAAUACUUCACUGUAGAUUCCAGCACUGGCGCAAUCAGAACAAUUGCAAAUUUAGACCAUGAAACCAUAGCCCACUUCCAUUUCCAUGUGCAUGUUAGAGAUAGCGGAAAUCCACAGCUCACAGCAGAAAGUCCGGUCGAAGUUACUAUUGAAGUAACUGACAUCAAUGACAAUCCUCCAGUCUUCAGUCAGGCUGUGUUUGAGACGGUCUUGCUUCUGCCCACUUACGUUGGUGUAGAGGUUCUUAAAGUCAAGGCUACAGACCCGGAUUCAGAGGUUCCACCUGAACUAACAUACAGUCUGAUUGAAGGCAAUGUGGACCAUUUUUUGAUUGAUUCAAGUACUGGAGUACUCACCAUAAAAAAUAAUACUCUUUCCUAAGAUCACUAUAUGCUUAUAGUAAGAGUGUCUGAUGGGAAAUUUUACAGCACUGCUAUGGUGACCAUAAUGUUAAAAGAAGCCAUGGAUAGUGGGCUCCAUUUUACACAAAGUUUUUAUUCCACAUCUAUCUCGGAGAACAGCACUAAUAUCACAAAGGUAGCUGUGGUGAAUGCUGUUGGAAACCGUCUCAAUGAGCCCUUGAAGUAUGGUAUAUUAAACCCGGGGAACAAGUUCAUGAUCAAAUCCACCUCGGGAGUCAUUGAAACGACGGGCAUCCCCUUUGACAGAGAAAAACAAGAGCUAUAUGAGCUGGUCGUUGAAGCAAGUCGUGAAUUAGAUCAUCUGCGUGUGACCAGGGUGGUUGUCAUAGUUAACAUUGAGGACAUCAAUGACAAUGCUCCGGUGUUUGUAGGGCUGCCUUACUAUGCUGCUGUACAAGUUGAUGCUGAGCCCGGUACCCUAAUAUAUCGAGUGACAGCCAUUGAUAAAGAUAAGGGUGCAAAUGGUGAAGUCUCCUAUCUGUUGAAAGAAGACUAUGGGCAUUUUGAAAUUGACAGACAAACUGGAAGUGUCACUUUAAGAGAAGCCUUCAACUCUGACUUAUCUAAUAUAGAGUAUUUAGUUAUUAUCCUUGCAAAAGAUGGUGGUAAUCCAUCAUUGUCUGCUUCAGUAGAACUUCCUAUUACUAUAGUUAAUAAAGCAAUGCCUGUGUUUGACAAGCCCUUCUAUACAGCUUCUGUAAAUGAAGACAUAGAAAUGCACACUCCAAUUCUUAGCAUAAAUGCAACCAGCCCAGAGGGCCAGGCUAUCAUUUAUAUCAUUGUUGAUGGAGAUCCCCUCAACCAGUUUAACAUUGACUUUGACACUGGUGUUCUGAGUGUCAUCAGCCCAUUGGACUAUGAAGUAAAUUCUGUUUUUAAGCUGACAGUACGAGCCAGUGAUGCCCUCACUGGUGCUCGGGCUGAAGUCACUGUGGACUUAAUUAUUAAUGAUGUAAAUGAUAAUCCUCCCGUUUUCGAUCACUCAGCCUAUAAUGCCACCUUAUCCGAAGCAUCUUUGAUUGGGACUCCUGUGUUGCAGGUUGUUGCUACCGAUGCAGACUCUGAAAAUAACAAACUUAUACAGUAUCAGAUUGUCCAGGACUCCUUUAACAGCACUGAUUAUUUUCACAUAGAUAGCACAAGUGGCCUAAUCCUUACAGCCCGUAUGUUGGAUCAUGAACUAUUGCAGCAGUGCAGUUUAAAAGUCAGGGCAGCUGAUAAUGGAUUCCCACCACUGAGCAGUGAAGUUCUUGUUAGUAUUUAUGUGACAGAUAUGAAUGACAACCCUCCAGUUUUUAACCAGUUAAUAUAUGAAUCUUACGUGAGUGAGCUGGCCCCUAGGGGCCAUUUUGUGACUUGUGUCCAAGCUUCUGAUGCUGACAGCUCUGAUUUUGACAGACUAGAGUACAGUAUCUUGUCUGGAAAUGAUCGGACCAGCUUUAUAAUGGACAGCAAGAGUGGCAUUAUAACUCUGUCUAACCACCGGAAACAGAGGAUGGAGCCAAUGUAUAGCUUAAAUGUCUCUGUCUCGGAUGGAUUGUUCACCAGCACAGCUCAGGUGCAUAUCCAGAUCCUUGGUGCUAACCUCUAUAACCCCGUGUUUUCACAGAGUAUUUAUGUGACAGAGGUUAGAGAAAAUGCUGCCCCUGGAACUAAGGUAAUCCAUGUAAAAGCGACAGAUGGAGAUUCUGGUAUAUAUGGUCAGAUAAACUACUCCAUAAUAAAUGAUUUUGCCAAGGACCGCUUCUUAAUUGAUAACAAUGGACAGAUCCUAACAACUGAGAAAUUGGACCGAGAGAACCCUUUGGAAGGGGAUAUCAGUAUAUUUUUGAGGGCCCUGGAUGGAGGUGGGAGAACGACUUUCUGCACCGUGAGAGUGAUCGUAGUGGAUGAGAAUGACAAUACUCCCCAGUUUAUGACAACAGAAUACAGAGCAAGUGUCAAAGCAGAUGUUGGAAAAGGUCAUUUGGUCACCCAAGUGCAAGCAUUAGAUCCAGAUGAUGGAGCUAAUUCAAGAAUCACCUAUUCAUUGUAUAGUGAAGCCUCUGUUUCAGUGGCAGAUCUGCUUGAAAUUGAUCCUGACAAUGGAUGGAUGGUCACCAAAGGUAACUUUAACCAGCUGAAAAACACUGUUCUGUCAUUCUUCGUCAAAGCAGUUGAUGGUGGCAUUCCCAUGAAGCAUUCCCUUAUUCCUGUCUAUAUCCAUGUUUUACCUCCAGAAGCUGUUUUACCUUCCUUUUCCCAACCCCAAUAUUCUUUUACAAUACCAGAAGACACUGUCAUAGGAAGCACCCUUGACAUUUUACAUGUUUUGCCAAGCCAGGGUGCUGUAUAUUGCGCCGUUAAUGGUGAAUUAGCUGAAAACAACAAGGAAGGGAUUUUCAUCAUAGACCAAGACAUUGGAAUCAUAAAGCUAGACAAGAGACUUGACCAUGAGACAAAUCCUGCUUUUCACUUUAAAGUUGCAGCCACCAUACAGCUAGACAAAAUGGACAUUGUAUUAACUGUGGAUGUGGAGGUUAAAGUGUUGGAUGUAAAUGACAACAAGCCUGUGUUUGAAGCUGCCAACUAUGAAGCUGUAAUAAUGGAAGGGAUGCCAACAGGGAUUAAUCUUAUCCAGGUUAAAGCAGUUGAUGCGGACUGGGGUGCAAAUGGGCAAGUCACGUAUACUCUUUCAGCAGAAUCGGAGCUGGACAAGAUCAUGGAAGCCUUCACAAUCGAUGGCAACAGUGGGUGGAUCAGCACAUUGAAGGACUUAGAUCAUGAAAAGAAUCCCACUUUUACUUUUGCAGUGGUGGCUUCAGAUCUGGGAGAAGCUUUUUCCCUCUCAUCCACCACCUUGGUCUCUGUCACUGUGACAGACAUAAACGACAAUUCACCAAUCUUUGAACACGAGGUGUACAGAGGAUCCGUAAAAGAGAGUGACCCUCCUGGUGAAGUUGUGGCAGUUCUCAGCACAUGGGACGAAGACACAUCUGAAAUCAAUCGACAGGUUAGCUACCAUAUCACAGGAGGGAAUCCCAAAGGGAAGUUCGCCUUGGGACUGGUUCAGAAUGAAUGGAAGGUUUACGUGAAGAGACCACUAGAUCGGGAAGAACAAGACAUUUAUUUUCUGAACAUCACUGCUACCGAUGGCCUCUUUGUAACACAAGCUGUUGUGGAAGUGACGGUCACUGAUGUUAAUGAUAAUAGUCCUGUCUGUGAUCAGUUUGCAUAUGCAGCAUUAUUUCCUGAAGACAUUCCGUCAAACAAAGUCAUCCUUAAGAUCAGGGCCAAAGAUUCAGACGUCGGAUCCAAUGGUGAAAUUCGCUAUUCGCUGUUUGGACCUGGGAACAAUAAAUUUUUUUUAGAUCCAGAAAGCGGUGAGUUGAAAACCUUGGCCCUUUUAGACAGAGAGAAAAUCCCUGUGUACAACUUGAUUGCCAGAGCAACAGAUGGCGGUGGCAGGUUCUGCCAGUCAGAAAUCCAUCUUUUCCUGGAAGAUGUUAAUGAUAAUCCACCAGUGUUUUCUACUGAUCAUUACACCGCACGUGUCUAUGAGAAUACAGCCACUAAAGCUUUGUUAACCAGAGUUCAGGCCACGGAUCCUGAUGUAGGUGUGAACAGAAAGGUGGUCUAUUCCCUAGCGGACUCCGCAGAUGGUUAUUUCUCUGUGGAUAGGUCAUCAGGGAUCAUUAUUUUGGAGCAUCCACUUGAUAGAGAGCUGCAGCCUUCCUAUAACAUCAGCGUAAAAGCAUCAGACCAGAGCCUUGUGUUGUCCCUGUCUUCAUUUGCCACAGUUACCAUUACAGUGCUGGAUAUUAAUGACAACCCUCCUGUGUUUGAGAGAAGAGACUACCUUGUUACAGUGCCUGAAGAUACCUCACCUGGCACCAAAAUACUGGCUGUUUUUGCAACAAGUAAAGACAUUGGUACCAAUGCAGAGAUUACCUACCUCAUCAGGUCUGGAAACGAGAAAGGGAAAUUCAGGAUCAACUCAAAGACGGGAUCCAUUUCUGUAAUUGAAGCUCUGGACUAUGAAAUGUGUAAGGAUUUUUACCUAAGAGUGGAAGCAAAAGAUGGAGGUAUGCCAGCCCUAAGUGCUGUUACAACAGUGAACAUAAAUGUAACAGAUGUGAAUGACAAUGCACCAAAAUUUAAUCAAGAGGCCUACAGUGCAGUCAUCAGUGAAGAUGCUUCAGUUGGUGAUUCCGUGAUUAUGUUGAUAGCAGAAGACCAGGAUAGUCCUACCAAUGGCCAGAUUCAUUUUUCCAUAGUGAAUGGUGAUCGGGACAAUGAAUUUUCAGUUGAUCCUGUUUUGGGACUUAUAAAGGUUAAAAAGAGAUUGGACAGAGAAAGGGUGUCUGGAUAUUCGCUAGUUAUUCAGGCAAGAGACAGUGGCAUCCCUCCUUUGUCAUCAUCUGUGACGGUCAACAUAGACAUUUCUGAUGUGAACGAUAAUAGCCCUGUAUUUACACCGGCCAACUAUACAGCUGUAAUUCAAGAGAAUAAACCCGUGGGCACAAGUAUUUUGCAGCUGGUAGUGACAGACAACGAUUCUUUUCACAAUGGCCCCCCGUUUACCUUCACCAUUCUGACUGGCAAUGAAGAGGAGGAAUUUAUGUUGGACCCACAUGGAGUUUUGAGAUCUGCAGUUAUCUUCAGGCACAUGGUAGCAACUGAAUACAUGCUCUGUGUGCAGGCUAAAGAUGCUGGAAAGCCUCAACAGGUGUCCCACACUUACAUUCAAGUGCGGGUUAUUGAAGAAAGCAUUCACAAACCAACAGCCAUUCCACUGGAGAUCUUUAUAGUCACCAUGGAAGAUGACUUUCCAGGUGGUGUCAUUGGAAAAAUUCAUGCCACAGAUCAAGAUGUGUAUGAUGUUCUCACUUACACCCUGAAGUCAGAAAAGAAAAGUCUGUUCAAGGUUAACAGCCACGAUGGCAAGAUCAUUGCCCUGGGAGGGCUAGAUAAUGGCAAGUACACACUGAAUGUGUCCGUCAGCGAUGGCCGGUUCCAAGUGCCCAUCGAUGUUGUUGUCCACGUGGAACAGCUGAUACAAGAAAUGCUGCAGAACACUAUCACCAUCCGAUUUGAGAACGUUUCCCCUGAAGAUUUUGUGGGGCUCCACAUGCAUGGGUUCAGGCGCACCUUGCGGAAUGCUGUGCUCUCGCAGAAACAAGAUAGCCUGCACAUUAUCAGCAUUCAGCCUGUGGCAGGCACCAAUCAGCUUGACAUGCUGUUUGCAGUUCAGAUGCACACCGGUGGAUUCUAUAAGCCUGCUUAUUUGAUUCAGAAGCUUACCAAUGCAAGGAGACACUUAGAAAAUGUGAUUCGCAUCUCGGCUAUCUUGGAGAAGAAUUGUUCUGGACUGGAUUGUCAGGAGCAGCACUGUGAACAAAGCCUGUCUAUUGAUUCCCAUUCCCUGAUGACCUAUAGUACAGCGCGAAUUAGUUUUGUGUGUCCCCGUUUCUACAGAAAUGUACGCUGCACAUGUAAUGGAGGGCUGUGUCCUGGGUCCAGUGAUCCCUGUAUGGAGAAGCCGUGUCCUGGGGACAUGCAGUGUGUGGGGUACGAAGCUAGUCGAAGACCGUUCAUCUGCCAGUGCCCACCAGGGAAGCUCGGAGAAUGUUCAGGGCACACUUCCCUUAGCUUUGCUGGGAAUAGUUACAUCAAAUACCGGGUUUCUGAAAAUAGCAAGAAAGAAGAAUUCAAGCUGGCUCUGCGUCUGCGAACCUUGCAAAGCAAUGGGAUUAUAAUGUACACCAGAGCAAAUCCAUGUAUAAUUCUGAAGAUCGUGGAUGGCAAAUUGUGGUUCCAGUUGGACUGUGGAAGUGGCCCGGGAAUCCUGGGAAUUUCUGGCAGGACUGUUAAUGAUGGGAACUGGCACUCGGUCUUCCUGGAGCUCAAUCGGAAUUUCACAAGUUUGUCACUUGAUGACAGUUACGUGGAGCGGCGCAAAGCUCCCCUCUACUUCCAGACUCUGAGUACAGAUAGCUCUGUCUACUUUGGAGCCCUGGUGCAAGUGGAUAAUGUCCGAAGCCUGACUGACAAGAGGACUACCCAGGUCUUGAGUGGUUUUCAGGGCUGCCUGGAUUCUGUUAUCCUGAAUAACAAUGAACUGCCGCUCCAAAACAAGCGCAGCAGCUUUGCAGAAGUGGUUGGUCUGACUGAAUUAAAGCUUGGCUGCGUUCUAUACCCUGAUGCAUGUGAGAGGAAUCCUUGCCAGAACGGAGGGAGCUGUACUAGUUUGCCAUCUGGUGGUUAUCAGUGCAGUUGCCUCUCUCAAUUCACAGGAAGAAACUGUGAAUCUGAGAUCACAGUGUGCUUUCCAAAUCCAUGUCAGAAUGGAGGGUCAUGUGACCCGAUAGGCAAUGCCUUCAUCUGCAAUUGCAAAAAUGGACUGACAGGAGUAACGUGCGAAGAUGAUGUCAACGAAUGUGAAAGAGAGGAAUGUGAAAAUGGCGGCUCCUGUAUCAACGUUUUUGGCUCAUUUCUAUGUAACUGCACUCUUGGAUAUGUGGGGCAGUAUUGUGGCCUCAGGCCUGUGGUGGUACCCAACAUACAAGCCGGACAUUCCUACGUCGGCAAAGAAGAGCUAAUAGGAAUAGCAGUCGUCCUUUUUGUUAUCUUUGUGUUGAUCAUCCUGUUUAUAGUUUUCCGCAAGAAAGUGUUCAGGAAAAAUUACUCACGCAACAAUAUCACUCUGGUCCAGGACCCGGCUACUGCUGCUCUGCUCAACAAGAGCAAUGGGAUCCAGUUCAAGAACCUAAGGAACAGUGGGGACAGUCGCAAUAUCUACCAAGAGGUAGUGCCACCGCAAGUCCCUGUGAGGCCCAUGGCUUACACCCCUUGCUUCCAGAGUGACUCACGGAACAAUUUAGACAAGAUAGUGGAUGGACUUGGAGUUGAGCAUCAGGAGAUGACGACGUUUCAUCCAGAGUCUCCUCGUAUACUAACAGCAAGGCGGGGUGUGGUGGUGUGCAGCGUGGCUCCCAACCUGCCAGCCAUGUCUCCCUGUCGAUCUGACUGUGACUCCAUCAGGAAGAGUACCUGGGACGGUGGUACUGAAAGUAAAGAGGUUGAUGAUGCUGAAGAGGUGACCUGUUUUGCCGGAAGUAAUAAAGGCAGCAACUCUGAAAUUCAGUCCCUCAGCUCCUUCCAGUCAGACUCAGGUGAUGAUAAUGCUUCCAUAGUGACUGUCAUACAGCUUGUCAACAAUGUAGUUGACACUAUAGAAAAUGAAGUGUCUGUUAUGGAUCAAGGACAGAACUACAACAGAGCUUAUCAUUGGGACACCUCUGACUGGAUGCCAAGUGCUCGUUUGUCUGACAUUGAGGAAGUGCCCAAUUAUGAAACAGCGGAUGGAGGCUCGGUGCAUCAUGGAAGUAACAGGGAGCUGGAAACUGAUUACUACCUUGGUGGCUAUGACAUUGACAGUGACUAUCCUCCUCCUCACGAAGAGGAGUUUUUAAGUCAGGACCAGUUACCGCCUCCGCUCCCAGAGGACUAUCCAGACCAAUAUGAAACCCUUCCGCCAUCACAGCCAGUCUCAAUGGCUAGCACACUCAGCCCAGAUUGCAGACGGCGGCCACAGUUCCACCCUAGCCAAUACCUCCCUCCUCAUCAUUUCCCCAAUGAGAUGGACGCUGCUGGGUCUCAAACCGUAAAUGAAUUUAGUACUUUUGCUGUUGUCCCGGGCCAGAGCAUGGAAAAUGUUAGUGCAGGUAAGAUGCCCUUAUCCUUACACAAUUCUCUGGAUGCCUCCUCAUCUGACAUCUCAGCCAGCUGUGGCUUUGACGAUUCCGAAGUAGCCAUGAGUGACUUUGAAAGUGUGGAGGAGCUCAUCCUAGAUAACGUUCACAUUCCAUUUGUGGAGACCCAGCAUCAGACACAAGUGUAAAGGAGACUUUUUUUCUGGUGGUCAUUUGGUCCAAUUAACAGUAUAAAUACUGAGAAGACAUUUUGGUAAAGAUGUAUCAAUGUAUAUUGGGCAAGGCAGAAAUCGAGUAUAACCUAUUAACUUGUUCAAAAAUGAUACUGUAUGUGCAGACACAAAGAGACCAGUUAUGUUAAGCUGUGUGCCACAAAAUUGUUACAGACCAUCUGGAGAAUAUGUACCAUCUAUUUAUUACCAAGAGUACACUCACAGAGUUUCUGAGGGGGGAAACAAUUUCACCUUUUAAGUUCCCUUUCUUCACCUGCUAUUUAUUUGGUAUUGUAUUAUUAAAAGUGUUACAAUCUCUCCCUGCAGUAUUAACAAAGGGGAGGAUGAUUCCAAGAGGCACCGUUGCAUGAAAUUUUAGGUCAGCUAAAGAGUGAAAGAAUUUGGUCAUAUGUAAAACAAUUCCAUUGGUUUUGUUAAAAAAGCAUUUAAAAGACAAUUUAUCGACAUGGAUAUCUGUCCAUAAAUAACUAUUUAUUUAUAGUUUUGUUUCUAUAUCACAUCAAAUCCUAGCUUGUGUGCAUAGAGUAAGACAAAUAUAUACAUUAUAUAUUAUACACCAAACUAGACUAGGUUGGUUGCCAUUAUUCAAACUUACUUUCAGAUGUUUGUGUAUACAUUGAAUUAUGAGACUUUCCAAAUAUUGUGACAUUUAACCCUUGCAAGUUUGACUCACUAAUGGCCAAAUUCUGCCCUUAGAUACACAUGUGUAACUCCCAAUGACUUGUGUACCGAAUGUGACCACGUAUCUGAGAACAGAACUGAACCUGAACUACCAUGUUUCUCUGCUUUUAUUUUGGGCUUCCUUGCAGCUUUUUAACAGCAGUCAUAAUGCUGUCAUAGUCCAGUUAAAUUAGUUUGCAUAUGCAUUCUACUAUAAUCUUAAAUUGCUAGAUCAGCUAUAGUUGAAAAAUGUCCUGCCCUCAAGUUUGUGGAACAGAUCCUCGACUGGUGUAGUCAAUGGAGGUAUGUUAAUUUACAUCAACAUCAGCUGAGUAUCUGGCCCUGUAUUCCCUCAGAACUCCCAAAUAGUAUUCACAGAGUUAAAAGCGCUUUUGUAUAAUACUGUAAAAUGCAAAAACACCACCUCAGGUUAAUUUUGGCAUUUCGCAUUAAUCAUCCAGAGCAGGUUAAAUGCAAUAUGGAAACCUGUUUUUUCCAUUCACUGCCGUAAAAAUCUAUAUGUGCCCUUUACUCAAUGCUGUGAAAAUAUUUUUACUACAGUUACGAGUAGUUCUGCAGCAUUUGUACAUCUCUGUGGCUAUACGUUGUACAUUGAAUAGGAGGAAGUCUCCACUUUGCAUUAAUGUUUUAUUAUCCACAUCCUUCCCUAGCAGAACUCAGUCAUUCUGAAAGUGUAUUGGAUAGGUAGAAGUUAUGGAUGAAUGGAUGCUUUAACAGGUUUUUCAUGCUGCUGUCUUAUCCUGUUUCUUGGUCAAAUAAGUUAACUGGAUCGUUUUUAGGAAGAGAGAUUCCCGACUGAACUGAAUUUUACCCAUUCAGUUGUCAUAAGUCUGUCUUAUUUCUUAUCAUACAGCUGGUGAUUAUUCACAAGUUGCCCCAAAAGAAAACAGAUUAUUGAGAAUGUUACUUAAAUGGUUGUGUAGCUUGUGACACUUUUAAUAAAACAUGGUCUCUAAACUUUGCAGUGUAACCUGAUAUUUCAGUGCUUCCCUCCAGUAUAUCAUAUAUCAGUAGAAGAUUGGUUUUACUUUGGGUCGUGCAACAAUUCUUCAUUAGAAAACAAUCCAGUUACAGUAUGUAGAGGUACAUAAUUAAUCAAGUGGACUUUAGGCAAGAGAAUGUACUGCACAUACAAGUAUUAUGAAGUACUUGCCUGCAUAUAGUUCGUGUUCAUUGAAUUUAUGAAUGUCACUUGGUCUCCUCAAAGCAGACGUGCUUCUGUAAGAGUGAUAUGUUCUAAAUGUGUUCAUGGUACAUUUUGAUCCCCUUUCCCUCCCACUCUCCCACCAUUUUAAAGAAAAAAUACAGAUUUCAAAUAGAUCAUGAUUGCAAGGAAAAUGAGGGACUUCCCUACACACCAUGAAAUAGUUUGGCUGCGGUCAAGGCACAGAUUUAGUUAUGCAGCAUGACCAUGCCUUGCUUACAAAGUUUACAUGGCAGAGGAGUGGUUGCAAGGAAUAGAUUAGUAUUACUUCAAGGAUAGGAAUAUUUGAGUUUUAACAAAUGUAAAAAGCUGCAAGUUUAGCUGUUGUGCAAUAGUUUUAAGGCUGAUAUGAAUUUCUGUGAAUUUAAUACUCUUUUAGCACAUGGCUGUGGCACACAUGGGGUUUGAUUCAAGUCAACUCUCAAUGUACCACAUUUUGAACUAUUAUGCAAUGAACUCUCUUUUUGCCCCCAACUAGUUAUUAAAUAUACUCACCAUCUUCAUCUGUAGAAACCAUCUUUGGGUACUAGAUCCCUGAGACACUGGUAUCUAAGUUAUUUUCCUUAUAGGGACAUAUCAAAAGUGUCACAAAGGGAAACACAGUUGUAACAUAGCAAUUGCCAUACCAGAAAAGACCAAUGGUUCUUACUAAGCUUAUUGCCUCAGUAAUAUCUUGUGGGCAGUGAGUUUGACUGGUAAAAUACACGUAGCUUCAGUAUAUACUUCCUUUUCUGGCUUUUAAAUUUUGUUACCAUUUCAUUUAGUCAAGCACCUAUUUGUUAAUGUGCUAUGGAGAAGGGGAUAUAGGAGCACAUGAUUAACCUUCUCUGUACCAUUCAUGAUUUUAUAUACCUCAAUAUCUCCUCCUCUCCAAACUAAAUAGACCUCCUGUAUUCAGUCUUUCCUCCCAUAGAAACCCCUCAAUGCCUGUCCCUACUUUUGUUGCCUUUCUGGUUCUCUUCUAGUUCUUUUCAGUGACCAAACUUGAAUGCAGAUCUCAAGGUGAAAACCUUCCCAAGCAUUAAAGCGUGCAAUAACUAUCUCACAUUACUUUCUGUUUCCUUGCUAAUAUAACUCAGCAUCUUAUUUGCUUUUUUAAUUAAUGGUGCGCUUUGAUUAACUCUGAUAUGAACCAAUUGAGUGCAUGAGUAGGUAGUUUGCACUGUUCCAUCCGACGUAUGUUACUCUGUCGUAUGAUGGGUUUUUUCUGUUGCUGUCUUCUCAGCUGUCUCGUUAGGCCUUUCCUCAGAAUCCCUGCUAGUCUCGACUAACUGUGCCUGUAGAGUGUCACAAUUCACAUUCCUGUAGAUGUUUCUACUACAUGAUAUUUCCCUUCAGAUUCUUCUGUAAAGAGUUUUCACAGACCGACUACAAUAUCAAAUGAUGCUAUUCCACAGUCCUUUAUGGUAAAUACACUCUUCGCUUUUUAUUUAAAAAAAAAAAAAAAAAGGCAGCAACUACUCAGAAAAUAAAUUUGUAUCUUUAUCAGAAUUUCUUAGGCUGCCAAGAUGCUUGUGGAUCUAACUUACAUGAUGCAUAUGUUCUAUUUUUCUCAUUUACACCAGUGCUCUUUUAAGGGCCUUAAAGUGGGUGUCAAUGCCAUUUACACUGCCAAGACCCUCUAAAGUGGCCCUAGCGUAAAGGAGGAUCUGGCAAACAUGUUUUGUUUUUUUUUAAUUAUUAUUAACAUUUUGCCUCCAAUUUAUGAGCUUCUGAGGGAAAAAAAAACAAGUACUCCUGCUCUGGCUCCUUUACACUGGGUAAAAGGGCCUAAGUGGUGUACAGGGACCCUAAAAGUCCCAUAUAAAGGUCGGGGAGGAUUCGCCUGGCACAAGCACUGCAGGAGGCAGCCAUAGGACUGACCUUCCAGAGUCCUUUCUCAAGGCAAGGUUUGGAAGACAGGAGCAGCCCAUGGUCAAGAAGACAUGAAGGUGGUUUAGAGACUCCAGCUCCACCUGGGCUGCACCUCUCAGAGGCACAGCACAGAAUCUCAUCCUGAGCAUGUUUCUUAGAGUUGUUUAACUUUGAUCCUCAACAAAAAGAAUUCUAGCCUGUUAUGAAGCCUACGAUAUGUUACAUGACAAUUGUUGUAGUGCCUCAAUACAAGUUUCAAUGGAAAAGGCAGGUCUAACAGGAAUAGUGUAUAUAUAUACACACUUGUGUAGCAAGUCAUAUUCCUGUUUGAAAAUCAUGCCAUGAUAUUUAAACUCCACAACCCAGGAGCGACUCAAGGUGUGGUGGACCAUUACUGUUGAUUACUGCAAUGCUUUCUUUAAAAGGCUGGUGUCAUUCAUAAUUAAGGAAAACAGUUAUUUUAAACCAAUAGAGGAAAUGCAUCUUUGUUAGAUCAAUAUUACCAUUUUAGCCUUUUUUUUCAAUUAUUACAUGAGUUAAAAGGUUCUAAAGGGGAGAUAGACUUCUUUAGAUUCAUGAUGGUACGUGCUCUAUGGUAUAGUUCUCUGCUUUUUUGCCAGUUUGCAUCUCUGUCCUCUCAGUACACAUCAGUGAUACAACAAGCCCUAGAAAUUAACAGUAUUCACAUUACUAUCCAUUGCCUUUAGCCUGUAGUCUGUAAACUUGACCUACAAAGUCACCCAUUAACAGAAGGGGCAUUGAUUUACUUAUAGUCACAUCUUAUGAGGGAGGAACAGGUGGGUGGGCGGGAAAAGAAUAAAAUGAAAUUCAUUUCUUUAUGUAAUAACAAAAAGCAAUAAUUCCAAAUACGUAGUAUUACGCGAAGGCCAUAACUUGUUGUUACCAGUGUUAAGGAUGCACUUGAAUUGUAUUACGGGAAUGAGAUUGGAACCCUCAGUACUGUAAUUAUUCUUCCAUCAUAUGAAUACCGGAAUUGCUACUAUUUAACAAUUUUAUGAGCCCAUACUACUGCUUUUCAGGAAGUGACAAAUGCAUUUGGGAAAUGGAAGCAGUUCUCUUUAAAGCACUGUAUCAGAAAGAUUGUCUUGUAAAUUUUACCUGUUGCAAGCAGGCUGGUUUGUAAAAGAUGUAUGUUUUGGUGUUUAAAAAAGAAAUUUAUAAAAAUAAUGUAUAUAAUGGUUUCAAAUUACCAGGCUUUUGUAGAUAUUUGAUGCCAAUCAGGUCGCUUUAAAUUUUUGUUUGAUAUAAUUAAAAGAAAGUCAUCCAAGUUGGUUUAAACUUUUAAGGUAAUAGCAGAAAAAAACAAAAAGUUUUAGAUUUGAAAAAAAUGGUAAUUUUUACUCAUUUCAAAUGUACUGUAACUUUCCUUUUGGUUCAGCUCUUUUCAUUUAACAUUUCUGUUUUUAAGAAGAUGUUUUUUAUUGACUUUUUUUAAAUCAGUGUGUUUUGCACAAAGACUUAGAGACAUGAUUUUUACGCCAAGUCAAGUAGCUGUUAAGAUACAUCAUUUCUUCAUCGACAAAAAAAACCACCCUUAUGCAAGGAGAAGGUAAUCACUUCGAGUGGAUCUCGGCCCUCAUCUGAAGAUUAAUUGUUCCUUCAUAAUUGCUGUUAGCAGUAUUGUCUUGUGUUCUUUUGCUAUAAAAAAGGAAAAAAAGUGUACAGGUUUGUAACUGCCAAAAUUUGCUAAAGUUGAUGGUUAA